CCGUCUCGCGCGAUGCAAAAGUAGAGGUCCCCGCCGCUGUCCAUUGAUUCGACCCGGCAAGCCUUGCCGUCCUAAUGAUUCUGCCCCGUUAUCUUCAACAAGGACGGUUCAGCGACAGCAGCAGCAGCCGAGCCUUAAUGCAGGAUGCUAUCAGAGAAGGCCAAGGUCGCCGCGCGUGGCGGUGAUUGAUCUGAGAGCGUUAUUCUUCGUCUCGACGGCUUUCCGGAGUCGCUCUCCGCGCGCUGACGGGACUCCCAGACACUGGGCAAGUGUCGCCUUCGUGAAUCGGACGUCGCGCCGUUCCAGACCUCUUCUGCGCACUUGGACUGCUGCAUUGCGUAACCCUGUGUCCAGCGCCACAAAUGGAGAUGCCGGGGACACCGCUGCAGGCCACCAUAGAAGACGGCGUCGUGUUCUCGCCGUACCCCCAGGUGGAGCUUCAUGAGGACCAGUCUUUCUACCAGUACUUCGCCAAGCAGCUCGAAGAAUUCGGCGAUAAGCCCACAUUGGAAGCCGACGGAGUCUGGCUGAGCGCGGUCGAGGUGCUCAGCCUGCUGCGUCGCUACGCGGCGGGGCUGCAGCGCCACGGCGUCCGGCCCGGAGACCGCGUCUGCGUCAACCUGUCCAACUCGGUGCAGGCCUUCGUCAUCUCGUACGCCGUCUGCUCCGCAGGUGCAGCGGUUGUCCUGGCCAAGCCAGUGCUCACCGAAAGGGAGCUCCUGUACCAGAUUGACGACAGCGGGUCCACUUUCGUCAUCACGGAGUUCGCCAACGCCGAAAAGGUCCUCCGCAUCCACGAAAAGAAGACUUUCAAGGCCAUGUUUUCUCUGGACGACAUCCCCGGCUUCCAGUCAAUGAGCAGUUUCCAGAGCCUCGAGGAGUCGGACUUCGAAGAACCGGCCAUCCAAGAGCCCCGGUCCCACACGCUCUUCUACACGUACACGUCGGGAACGACGGGUCUGCCCAAGGGUGUCGAGAUCAGCCACUACGCCUUCAUAGCCGCCCUCAAGCUCAACUGCCGCUGCGAGGUGUUUACGGCGAAGGACACGGUACUUGCCUGGAACCCCAUCUCCCACGUGUCUGGACUUUUGUUCGCCGCUACCGCCCUGGUCAGCGGAGCCAAGGGCAUCGUGUCCCACGGAGGAAUUCCCGCCGACCAGUUUGUCAAUACCAUCAACGAAUAUCAAAUCACAGCGCUGUGCGCGUUCCCGACCGCCUUCCAAAAAUUCGUCAUGAAGCUUGAGGGUAUGGACGUCCGGAUGCCGUCCUUCAAGCGGCUGGUCAUGUGCGGCGGCCGGACGACCGAGGCGCUCUUCGAGCGCAUCUCCAGGGUGUUCCAGCUGGAGAGCAUGCGCAACGGCUACGGCCUGUCCGAGGCCUCCGGCUUUACCUGCAUCACGCCGCCCGACGCCAUGCAAUACCACAGCAUCGGUCACCCGUUGUCCAACAUGCAGUUCAAGGUUCUUGACAGAACCACCGGAGAAAAGCUCGGUCCUGGAAAGUGGGGAGAGCUCGUAUUUCGGGGCCCUCCGGUCAUGACUUGCUACCACAACAAGCCACAAGCGACUGCCGAAGUUCUCAGUAGUGACGGCUGGGUUUCCAGUGGCGACCUGGGCUACUACGACGAGAGUGGGCAGUUCUACAUCGUGGAGCGCCUAAAGGACAUGAUCAAGUGCAUGGACCAGCAGGUGGCGCCGGCCGAGGUCGAGAACCUGCUCAUGGGCCACGAGGCCGUGGCCGAGGCAGCCGUGGUCGGCAUCCCGCACCAGGACUUUGGGGAGGCGCCUACGGCCUUCGUCGUCCUCAAGGACGGACGUCGGGACAGCGUCAGCGAGGACACGCUCAAGGACAUCGUAGCCAGUCAAUCUGCGACUUACAAGCACCUGCAUGGAGGCGUAUUCUUCGUUGAUGCCAUUCCAAAAACGGACACUGGAAAGUUUCUUCGAAGAAAACUUCGAGACCAGCAUGUCAAGCAACAGCUGUAGUAGAGAGCCACAGAACAUGUCGUGUCAGAUACAGUGGGAGCUGCAUGGACUGAAGUGCGGGCCUCUAGCAGAUUUAAGGCAAAAAGGACGAUGCGCACGAACCACCAUAUCUGCAAAGUAGUCAUUUAUGCGGACAAAAUUACAAUCCUGGAUCACUUGUCCCGGUUAGAGACAAUCAUUGGCACGUACCGUCUGACAGCACGUAUUGUGUUGCGAAUUCUGUACAGAGUUCGAAAUGCAUAAAUCCUGUUUUUAUUGUGUUUUAAGAGAUGUGCGUUAAGCCUUUCCAUGAAAAACUAGAUUAUGCCACGGCUUUUCUCAACUUUUUUGUUCGUAUACAUAUUAAAGAGAACGAGAGUUUAUUGCUGACAAUCUGAAAUACUCAAAACAAAUCAGUUUGUAUAGAUUAACAUUCAUAAUUUGACAAUUUUCACGUGCGGCAGGAAAAUAUUUUAUUUAUUUAGAUCGUUCUCCGGUGAACAAAGGCACAUGGGAUGUUUAUAACACUCGAAAUCUCUAUACUCCGCGACAACUUUUCUUGGCAAUCCAGUGGAAGGUACAGGCCCGCGUCCCCUCUCCCAUUUUGAGUGUACGCAGUCUCUCCUCCUCCCCCUUUUCCGGGGAGAGGAGGAGAGCCCGCGCACACUCAAAAUGGGAGAGGGGUCGCGAGCCUGUACCUUCCACUGCAUUGCCAAGAAAAGUUGUCGCGGAGUAUAGGGCCGUAAAGGACGAAUCCGGAUCAUUCUACAUAUUUGAAAAACAAUGCAGUCCUUUUAGUGUGGCCUAUAAAGACCACACGCCAAUUAUGUCGUUCUAAUAUAGCCUAAAAAUUUAUGAAACUGGCAAAGUAUGAGGUGAGUGAAAUUACAACACUCAGCUAAUUCUAGCAGGCGAGGCGCGGCGUAGUAACAGCGCAGUCAAUGGGCGCGUUGAGUAGUAGCUCCGGGAGUGCUUCUACUCUACUCCGUUCAUCCCUAAGCUGAGAGAGUGGGGGAAGCUACGUCAUCUCUUUAGCCACGUGACCCGCCCGGAAUCGGGCGCAGAGAGUCUGCUCAGGCUAUUUUCGACAAAUGUUUUGGAGCGUAUUUCGUUUGUUUUUGUUAUGCUAAUAAACCACGUAAACGUUCAUUUGAA